CCGAAUCGGGGUUCGAUUAGUCUCUUUUUAAGUGCGGACCGCCGUGCAUCGCAAAUCUGUGUCGCAGGUUCCGAAGAUAUUCUCCCGGAACUUAAACAGUAUGCUCGUAAAAUCAUUGGGAUUGGCUCUGGUCGCCUGCCUAAUCACCCUCCUAUUCCGCAGAAAUGCUCUAGCAGACAUCUUGGAGCCGACAUGUCCGCCGGGGUAUCAAUAUGUCAACGGCCAGUGCCUCCUCAUUUCCGUUUGUCCAACAGGAUAUCAAUUGAAAGCGGAUGGAUUGUGUCAUCCACAGACUAAAAACUACUGCCAGCCAGGAUAUCACUUAAAAGCGGAUGGAUUGUGUCAUCCACAGACUAACAAAUACUGCCAGACAGGAUACUAUCUUAACGUUGAUGGACUGUGUUAUCGUACGAAUCCUGAGCCGUGUCCGUUUGAAUCCAAUACUUCUACUACGACAGCAACAACAAACGAGACCACAUGUAAAACUGCAACUACAACUACAACGGAACCAACUACUACAACAACAACAACAACAACCACCACAACAGAGCCCAGCACGACAACAACAUCAACAACCCCUGAGCCCCCAUCGAUUCCUCCUCCCGUCAUUGCAGAACUGACUCGCUGUCCGCCGGAAUCAAUUUUAUUCGAAUCGCAGUGUAGGAAAAUCGUCUGUUCGGAGGGCGAAUAUUACGGCGGGCGUUGCAUUUUAUCGGCGUGCCCAGCGGGAACCGUGUGGUAUCAAAAACGCUGCCAGGAACCGGGAUAUAUCACGACUAUCCUUGAGAUCGGCAAUGUGGUCCACAAUGAGCACAAGUACUCGGUGACCAGCGAAAACAUAAAUAGGGUGGAGUACAUUACAUCUGCACCAUAUGAUCCCUAUAAAGACAAAAGUUACGAUUAUAGUACACCUGCCAAUGUCCCGAAUAAUAUUGUAGCCCCACCAAUAACCAGACGUCCCUGGAUAUAUCCUACUUUGAGGCCAACUGUGGAGCAGUCGGUGGUCGGUGAACUAUUUCCGGGCCGUAAUCCUCCACCGGGUUGCUGUUUUGUGAAGAGCCCCCGCAUCUGCAUCAACUACGCCCCCAAUUGGGUGUGCUCCAGCAAGGAGAGGAAGUUCUGCGAUUCGCGAGUCUGUACAGCCCCAGUAGUAUAUCUUAAGCCACCAAAGAUCGUAUUUGACGAAAACCAGAAGCGGGUGGUCAUGCCGCCCAAUCCGCCUCUUUUGGGCUGCAGUACGCCGGAGUGCAAGGAGAGCGACGUUCUUGAUUGCUCUGGCUGCAAGGAUCAUCAGCGGGAUAAGUGCUCACCAGGCUGCUACACCUACUACUGUCCCAAUGGAAGCUGUACCUAUAUGAAUACCGAGGUUUUUUGUGCCAUUCAUCCGGGCGAAUUUGGUUGCAAUGCAAGGGACGGAUGUAUCUGGGAUUGGUGCAAUAAGAAGUGCAACUAGUUCAAUCAAAACUUACUUUUUCAACUUAAACAACACGAUUUAACUUUCAAGGUAAUAUGUUAAAACUAAUAAAGUUGUCGCGAAAUGCCCGUUUCGAAUUUUA